AUGCUGAGAUUGCAAGCAAGAAGGCUCCACGCUGUUAAAGCGGCUCUUGCUGAAUUGCCAGUUUCCAAGACCAUUCGAGAACAAUUCCAGUUGGCUGAGAAUGGGUUGACCGUCAAACAGGCUUUAAUGGCUCAAUCAAAAGAUAAUAUAACCUUGAAUGGAUGGAUUGAUCAGAAACCCAAAAAAGUUGGCAAAAAUUUAACUUUCGCUACGUUAAGGGAUCCCGGGGGUCAAAAGCUUCAGUUAAUCGAUUCUGGUACUGAUUUAAAGAGCGCUGGUGUUGAGGAUGUUGUUCAGGUGGUAGGACAAUUGGUUCCUAAGAAGAGAAUCAAAAAUCAAGAUACCGAUACCUACGAGUUGCAAGUCAAAAGCUUGCAGACGCUUAAUAAGGCCAAUAAGAAACCUUCGCAGUUGGCAAAUUUUAAAAUUGAUGGCAAUUUCCCACCGGAAGACAGGGUUCUUCAAUUGAGACUGCCCAAAUUCCAGCGAAACUUAAAGCUCAGAUACGAAAUUACCAAAACUGUUAGAAGUUGUCUCGAUUCUCAAAACUUUACUGAAAUUGAGACGCCUUUACUAUUCAAGUCAACUCCAGAAGGUGCUCGCGAGUUUCUUGUGCCGAGCAGACAUCUUCAAAGCGGAGAACCUGCAUUUUACGCUUUACCUCAAAGCCCACAGCAAUACAAACAACUUCUAAUGGCGAGUGGUGUGUCGCGCUAUUUCCAGAUUGCCCGUUGUUUCCGUGACGAAGAUUUAAGAAGUGACAGACAGCCUGAAUUCACACAGGUCGAUCUCGAGAUGUCUUUUGCUAGCGGAGAAGACGUCAUGAAAGUGGUCGGUGACACCGUUUCGAAAGUUUGGAAACAGCACAGCGCGGACAACUGCUUAAAAACUUUGAAUCGAGCAGGUCAAAUCGUUGACGUAACUGAAUCAACUCCCAUACAACGACUGAGCUACAAAGAAGCCAUGGUCAAUUAUGGUAUUGACAAACCCGAUUUGAGAUUUCCUGAUCUUAAGAUACUGGAUUUGUCGGAGUUCAAGGCUCGUGGUUACACCAACACCAAAUUUCCCGUGUUUGAAAUUUUAAUUCUCCGUAAUGCGUUUAGUGACAAGGAAGACUUGGAAAUAAAUUGGAGCAUGCUCAGCGACGAGAAGCUGUAUAAUUACAGAGUCCCAACAGUGAUACCCAUUACCGACGAAGCUCAAGAAGUUAAUUGGUUUGAAGGUUUCCAUCCGAUAGCGGCGUUUGAAAAUCCGACAAUACUGAAGAAAUUCUUGAAUCUUAGAAAAGGUGACAUUGUAUGUGGAGCUACUAGACAAUUUACACAUGCAAUCUAUGAGAAUCCAACGCCAUUAGGCCGUUUACGGCAAUUGGUAACAGAAAGCGCCAAGGGGAAAGAACUGUAUCAAAAAACACAACAUCCUGUCGCAGCAUGGGUACAAGAUUUCCCCCUGUUUAACCCAGUAGAAGAAGAACUCGAAACCUCCGGGCGCAAACAACUGUACCCGGUCUACAAGCCGGACGCCAUUUGUUCUACUCAUCAUCCUUUUACGAUGGUCAAGCUCGCAGAUUAUUCUAAGCUCGAGACCGAUCCCCUGUCCUGCCUUGGCCAACAUUACGACCUUGUGAUCAACGGAGUCGAAAUAGGUGGUGGAUCGACAAGAAUUCAUGUUCCCGAGCUCCAAAACUAUAUUUUUAAGAAAAUACUGGGUCUGGAGAAACCAGAAGCGCUCUUUGGACACCUCCUGGAAGCUUUUGCAAUGGGAACACCUCCGCACGCAGGGUUUGCCAUUGGGUUUGACAGAAUGUGUGCCAUGAUUUGUGGUACGACCAGCAUAAGAGAUGUCAUUGCUUUCCCCAAGACAGCCACGGGUUCCGAUCUCGUUGUUGGAAGUCCUUCUGUUGUGGGCAACGAUGUUUUGCGAUCGUAUCAUUUAAAUGCUCGGACGGAGAAGGUGUCGUCAAAUUGA